AUGAACGGAAAUCUGAAUAUGAAUGUAAUGAACAUGCCAGGGAUGAACAUGAAUAUGGCUGGCAUGAAUAAUAAUAACAACAAUAAUCAGGCAAUGGCAGCAAUGAUGCAGAAUCAGAACUUUGGUAAUCCGUUAAUGCAGCAGCCUCAGAUACAACAGCAACAGGCACCACCACAGCAAGGUGUUUCCCAGAGACCUGGGAUGCAUCGAGCAGCUACGAUUCAACAGGGGAAUCCAGUGACAGGACAAGCACCUAUGACGAAAAUGGGACAAUUCAGCCCAAAUGGAGUAGUAUCGGGGCCCAAUUCUGCUCCUAUUCCAGGAACCUCCAACAACUCAGCCGGUACAUCUCAAGGACAUACUCCUCAGAUGGGCAAUCAGGCGCAACCUCCUUUGCAAGGACAAUUUCCACCCCAAUACCCUCAACAACCAGUACAACCAGGACAAAAAAUGAAUGGAGGGCCUAUUCCCAAUAAUGUUACGCCAAUAGUGCCGCAGCAACAACAACCAACUCCGCAAAGCCAACCACGUCCAGGAAUGCCUCAGCAAAAACAAAAUAUCCCAAUGCAAGGUCAAAUACCAGGAGGCCAAUUGCACUCUCCAAUGCAAAAACAGCCAAUUUCAAAUAGUCCACAGUUCUUCAGAAAUCAAGAACAAGAACAGAUGCAAAAUGAAUUGAAUGCAAAAAUUUUUAAACGAAAUUUGGGUAAUGCUGGGGUGAUUCGUAUUUUGAAUCUAAUUGAUCAAAUAAGUAAUGAAUCAUAUGAUAACUUGUCCAAACUAGGCUUCUGGCAAAAGGUUAUACAACUUUAUUGUGUUCCUACUUGUACUAUGAGAUUAACUACUGCACCAUCUUCCUCCAAGUAUAUUCAUACCAAUAACAAACCAACUAAUGAUAAGUUCACUUUGGACCCAGAACAAAAUAGAAUACCUCGCCAAUUUGAAUUAAAUACGUUGACUGCACCAAGGUUUUUUUUAGCUCAAAUAUUAUCAGGUCAAGUUUCUAAACUAUCUAUUACUUUGCCAGGUUUAAAGUUUCAGGUAAUGAACAAUAGUUCAAUUUUCAUUAUAUCUCGAUUGUCUAUACAAUAUAAUUACGUAGAUGGUUCGGUUUCCACCGUUACAGGUACGUUUAAAAUGUUGAUGAAUAGAGAAUUUCGUAUUGAAUGGAUUGACUGUCAAUGUUUAAAUAUUCAAAGUUCAAUCGGAUUUGAAGCCUUAGAAAAGCAAUGGGCAAAUUUUUCCCAAUCUCAAUCAGAGAAUGACAAAAAGGAGGAUGGUAAAAGUCAACAGGAGUUCUUUAACUAUUUGCACCAAUCUUCAAGCGCUACAUCAUUGUCUGAUACUUGCGGGUUACAUGAAGAUGCAUUUAGAGUCUUGCAAGUUGGAGACGUGAUGUCACAUCUUAGAGCAUUAAUGGGAUUUUCGACAGCAAAUAAUGUUGGUUCACCAAUGAAGGCAUUAGAACUUUUUAUGACCACCAAUAACAACCAGCAGCAGCAGAAUAUACAACCCCAAAAUAAGAUGAAUCCUAAUGAGCCUACUAAGAAUGGUGCAUCACCAUCUCCAAAUAUGAAUACGUGA